AAGGAAAUAGCUGCAAGGAGCGUGCCGAAAGCGUGACGUAAGGUUAAGUAAGCCUCCAUCUAGCCUAACCCUGAUCGAGAUUAAGGAGGUUGGGUGUUGACAUCCUUGUGCAUUGGCAGCGGUGGGAGGAGAGUUUUACGCCGGUUCCCAGGAGUUCAGUGUCCGUGUCACAAACCCACUCUGACGCAGCUGACCACCCAGGAUGGGCAAUGGAGGACAGCGCCUGCGUAGAACCAAAAGUAACCGAAGACGCCUGCGCAGUUUCGGAAUGACUCUGGAGACCCGAGAGGCAGCGGCUGCGCACUAAAGAAAGAAGGUGUGGAAGAAGGCUCCCACGCUGUGAGGCAGUCUGCGCCUGCGCAGUAGAGGAGGCUAAGGGAAGUAGUGGCGGUGCUGGUGGUGGCGGCAGCGCGAUGGAACCGGAGGAACAGGUGAACGAAUUAGUGUCAGCCGAAGGCCGGAACAGGAAAGCUGUGCUGUGUCAGCGCUGUGGAUCCCGGGUGCUGCAGCCCGGGGCCGCUCUCUUCUCACGCAGACAGCUAUUCCUUCCUUCCAUGAGGAAGAAGCCAGCUCUGGCUGAUGGCAGCAACCCAGAAGGUGACUUCCUUCAAGAACACUGGCUGGUUGAUGACAUGUUCACCUUUGAGAACGUGGGCUUCACCAAAGACGUGGGGAACGUCAAAUUUCUAGUCUGCGCAGAUUGUGAAAUUGGACCCAUUGGCUGGCACUGCCUAGAUGACAAAAAUAGUUUCUAUGUGGCUUUGGAGAGGGUUUCCCACGAGUGACUAAGGGAUCUUCAGCAGCAGCUUUCCAUGGUGGAAGCAGCAGUCAUUCUGACCUGAUAUAACGGUUCUGCUGCUUUCUUCUCUAUACUAACGUAAAGUUGUGAGUACCACAGUGUCCAUUUGGACAUACAAAGGGUUUACCCUAACUUGCUUCCUUGAGACUUCAAGUGCAUAUGUCUCAAAUAUUUCUCCCUGUAGCGCACUCCUCUUCCCCAUUCUGGUUUGAG